AUGCCGGAGCCUAGUCGCCUCGUCAAGCUGGGACAGUUGCACCAAAUUGACAAAGGCAGCAAAGUCCGCUUCCUCGCAUGCGUCCACAACUACGACGGUCAGACUGCACGACUCACGCUGAAGGACCGCUAUCCCGCCACCAGCCCGGGUACUCCCACCGCCAUUGUCUCAAUCCACGGCGUAAUCGACGGAAUGAACCACGAGCUUCUAGAGACGGGAGCCUGGCUCAACGUCAUGGGCUACGUGCGAUCUUCGCCGCCAGAUCUCGUGACUUCCAAGCCUAACCGCUCGAAGACGGCCAGACUGACUUACAUUGAAGCAACGAUGAUCUGGUCUGCUGGAGCGAUCAAGCUCGACGUGUACCAGGCUGCCGUGACAAGCUUGCAAGAGACUGCCACGAUCGAGCCACCGGACUGA